AGCACAGUGGUAACUUCUUUCGGGAUGGAGAGUGUGCGGACGCUGUGGCUCAGCGUGGCCCUGGCGCUGGCGGUGGGGUCCCGGGUGGUGCGCGGUCACCCUCAGCCCUGCGGGGUUCCCACGCGCGCUGGGGCCUCCGUGCGCCUGGCGGCGCUCCUGCCCCGGGCGCCCGCCGCCCGCGCCCGCGUCCUAGCUGCCCUGGCCACCCCUGCGCCGCGGCUGCCGCACAACCUGAGUCUGGAACUGGUGGCCGUCGCGUCCCCGACCCGGGACCCCGCGUCGCUAGCUCGAGGUCUGUGCCAGGUUCUGGCACCGCCUGGCGUGGUGGCCUCUAUAGCCUUUCCCGAGGCGCGGCCCGAGCUGCGGCUACUGCAGUUCCUGGCAGCCGCCACAGAGACCCCAGUGCUGAGCGUCCUGCGGAGGGAAGUGCGCACGGCCCUCGGAGCCCCGACCCCGUUCCAUCUGCAGCUGGACUGGGCUAGUCCCCUGGAGACCAUACUGGAUGUGCUGGUGUCCCUGGUACGGGCACAUGCCUGGGAGGACAUUGCUCUAGUACUCUGCCGUGUCCGGGACCCUGGUGGCCUGGUGACACUCUGGACCAACCAUGCUAGCCAGGCUCCAAAGUUUGUGCUGGACCUGAGCCGGCUGGACAGCAGGAAUGACAGCCUUCGGGCUGGACUGGCCCUGUUGGGGACACUGGAAGGAGGGGGAACCCCAGUGCCUGCAGCAGUCCUCCUAGGCUGCAGCACUGCCCGUGCACAUGAGGUCCUAGAGGCUGCACCACCGGGUCCCCAGUGGUUGCUGGGCACACCAUUGCCCGCUGAGGCACUGCCCACGACUGGCCUGCCACCUGGCGUGCUGGCGCUGGGGGAAACCGAACAACACUCUCUGGAAGCUGUCGUCCACGACAUGGUGGAGCUUGUGGCUCAGGCACUCAGUAGCAUGGCCCUUGUGCACCCAGAGCGGGCACUGCUUCCAGCUGUGGUGAACUGUGAUGACCUGAAAACAGGCGGAUCUGAGGCAACAGGGCGCACCUUGGCUCGGUUUCUCGGCAACACCUCAUUUCAGGGCCGAACAGGGGCCGUGUGGGUGACAGGCUCCUCUCAGGUGCAUGUGUCUCGGCAUUUCAAGGUAUGGAGCCUGCGCCGGGACCCGCUGGGUGCCCCAGCCUGGGCAACAGUGGGCAGCUGGCAGGAUGGACAGCUGGACUUCCAGCCAGGGGCGGCCGCUCUCCGAGUCCCAUCUCCGUCUGGCACCCAGGCCCGGCCAAAGCUGCGUGUGGUAACCCUGGUGGAACACCCGUUUGUGUUCACCAGGGAAUCUGAUGAAGACGGACAGUGCCCAGCUGGGCAGCUGUGUCUGGACCCGGGCACCAAUGACUCAGCCAGGCUGGAUGCCCUCUUUGCUGCCCUGGCGAAUGGCUCAGUACCUCGCACGCUGAGAAGAUGCUGCUAUGGCUACUGCAUCGACCUGCUGGAGCGGCUGGCCGAGGACCUGGCCUUUGACUUUGAGCUCUAUAUUGUGGGGGAUGGCAAGUAUGGGGCCCUGCGUGAUGGGCGAUGGACGGGCCUGGUGGGUGACCUGCUGGCUGGCCGGGCACACAUGGCCGUGACCAGCUUCAGCAUCAACUCGGCUCGCUCUCAGGUGGUGGAUUUCACCAGCCCUUUCUUCUCCACCAGCCUGGGCAUUAUGGUGCGCACGCGAGACACGGCCUCGCCCAUCGGGGCUUUCAUGUGGCCCCUGCACUGGUCCAUGUGGGUGGGCGUGUUUGCUGCCCUGCACCUCACAGCGCUCUUUCUCACCCUGUACGAAUGGCGAAGUCCCUACGGGCUCACGCCGCGCGGCCGCAACCGUGGCACUGUCUUCUCCUACUCCUCCGCGCUCAACCUGUGCUAUGCCAUUCUCUUUGGACGCACUGUCUCCAGUAAGACGCCCAAGUGUCCUACUGGACGCUUCCUCAUGAACCUCUGGGCAAUCUUCUGCCUGCUGGUGCUCUCCAGUUACACGGCCAACCUGGCUGCUGUCAUGGUUGGGGACAAAACCUUUGAGGAGCUGUCUGGAAUCCAUGAUCCCAAGCUGCACCACCCUUCCCAAGGCUUUCGCUUUGGCACCGUGUGGGAGAGCAGCGCGGAGGCCUACAUCAAGGCAAGCUUCCCUGAGAUGCACGCACACAUGCGUCGGCACAGCGCACCCACCACUCCACAUGGAGUGGCCAUGCUCACGAGCGACCCACCCAAGCUCAACGCCUUCAUCAUGGAUAAAUCGCUACUGGAUUAUGAGGUGUCCAUAGAUGCGGACUGCAAGCUGCUCACCGUGGGCAAACCCUUUGCUAUCGAGGGCUACGGCAUAGGGCUACCCCAAAACUCGCCGCUCACCUCCAACUUGUCGGAGUUCAUCAGUAGGUACAAGUCUUCAGGCUUCAUUGAUCUGCUCCAUGACAAGUGGUACAAGAUGGUGCCUUGCGGGAAGCGGGUGUUCGCCGUGACGGAGACGCUGCAGAUGGGGGUCUACCACUUCUCAGGAUUGUUUGUCCUGCUGUGCCUCGGGCUGGGCAGCGCGCUUCUCACCUCUCUGGGUGAGCAUGUCUUCUACCGCCUGGUGCUGCCGCGCAUCCGCAGGGGCAAUAAGCUGCAGUAUUGGCUUCACACGAGCCAGAAGAUCCACCGAGCCCUCAAUACAGGAGCACCCGAGGGGCAACAGGAGAGGGCAGAGCAGGAGCGCAGCGGCCCCAAGGACGAGCUGCCUGCCACCGAUGGUGCAGGGCGCUGGAGGCGGGUGCGCCGGGCUGUGGAACGGGAGCGACGCGUGCGUUUCCUGCUGGAACCUGGGGAGGCUGGCGGGGACCGCCCGUGGCUCUGCUCCAACGGGCCCGGGCUGCAAGCGGAGCUGCGGGAGCUGGAGCUGCGCAUUGAGGCUGCACGGGAGCGGCUGCGCAGUGCGCUGUUGCGGCGCGGGGAGCUGCGGGCCCUGCUUGGGGAUGGCACCCGGCUCAGGCCACUGCGCCUGUUGCAUGCGGCGCCUGCUGAGAGCUGAGGAACCACAAGGCCGCACUGUCCACGACAGUUUAUUCUAUAUACAAACACGACUCUGUACACUGCAAUUAAAUAGCGUGGAACGUGA